AUGCAGGAGUUUAAAGAUUUGCUUUCUGAUGUUAAAGAACAAAAUAAUAAUGUUGUUGAAUUAUUCAAUAAAAACAACUGUCAAGAAGGAGUAGUGCUUCAAGAGCCACCUGAUAAUUUUCGCUGUUUGUCAGUAAUACCUACUGUUAAUGACAUAAAAGAGAUGAAUGUGUUUAUUAGACCAAAUAUAGUUGAAGGAAAAUAUGCAAAUACAGAGCAUUAUUUAGAUGUGCAGUUUCGUCUGCUUCGAGAAGAUUACAUGCGACCUUUGAGACUUGGUAUUCAGCAAUAUUUAUACCUGUUAGCUGCUGGGCAGUUAAAUCUAAAAAAUCUCAAACAAAUCCAAGACAUGAAGUUUUACCAAGAUUUCAAGGUGUUAUAUCCUAUUUUUGAUAAAAAUGGCAUAUUUUAUUUAGCUAGUUUUGAUAUCUCUCUUUUUUCACAUGUUAAUUGGGAAUGUACUAAGAGAUUUAUGACUGGCUCUCUUAUUUGCUUCUCUAAUGAUAAUUUUGAUUCCAUAGUUUUUGCUUCUAUUGCACAAAGGGAUGCAAAACUUUUAAAGCAGGGAAUGUUAAUAAUUAAGCUCGAAGAGUCUUCAAGUGAAGGUUUGAUCUGUGGGCUCUCAAAUUCAUGCAUUAUGGUUGAAACAGAAGCAUAUUUUGAGGCAUAUCGCCAUAAUCUUGCUGCUUUGAAACAAAUGAACAAUAAUAAUAUGCCUUUCCAAGAUUACAUAGUUCACGUUGAAAAAGACAUAAAGCAUCCAAGUUACUUAAAUACUCUCACAAGGUAUAACAUGUUUCUCACAAAUGUACCAGUUUUAAUGUCGGAUAAAUGGCCAAGCAAAGAAAAGUUUGGAUUUGAUGACACCCAAUAUGAAGCUUUUAAGGCUGCCAUAACUAAAGAAUUUUCCAUUAUACAAGGUCCACCAGGAACUGGAAAGACUUUCAUUGCUCUGAAAAUUACUGAAAUGUUGCUUCAAAAUAAGUACUGUAUGUCUAGUCGAUCGCCUAUUCUCGUUGUAUGUUAUACUAACCAUGCUCUUGAUCAGUUUUUGGAAGGUAUUCUGAGUUAUACUCAAAAAGUUGGGCGUGUUGGAGGAAGAUGUCAAAAUGAAAAUCUUGAACCUUAUCAGCUGAAAAAUCUUCGUAGUGAAGAAAGAAAGUUUUCAAACACUUCACAACCUGCAAGAAAAGUUAUUGGUAAAACAUAUGCCGAGUUGUGUAGAUAUGUUGAAGCAAUGGAUCAGUAUAGCAACAAGUUUGAUGCAUGUGUGUCAAACAUUUUGCAAGAUGAGCUACUGUUUAAUAUCAUGAGCAAAAAUCACUAUUAUUCUCUAUUUUCUAUUAUUAAUAACAUUGGGAGUUAUGAUGGAAAUUUAAUAAAAGAUUGGCUUGCAAUUCGUUCAAAUGAAGUUAGUCAGAUGAGUCUGCAACAGGAUAAAACAUUUUUUGAUUUACAAAGUGAACUGAAUGCCAGUAUUAAUCUACAAAAUUAUAGUACUGAGGUAAGUACUUCUGAGAGUGGAAAAGAUACUAGAGAUUCAGAAGCUGAUUUUAUUGAAGGUAUAAGGAUGAUUGAUGAUGAUGAUAAUAUUUCUGUUCAAUUAAAAGCACUUCAACUUGAGGAUAAGGAAGAUGUUCCUAAAACCAAGGAAGAAUGGAGGACACAUUCAAGGAAAAAUAAAAAUAAAUUCAUUAGACAAAAACUAAAAUCGACAAAAGCAAUGAUGUGUUCUGAAGCAUGUAAAGUGACCGAUGUAUGGCAACUAACUUUAGAGAAAAGAUGGUCUUUAUACAUGCACUGGGUUGAGUGUUUUAUGAAGCAAAUGAAUCAGGAUAUUGUUGAAACAAAAGAGCACAUUUUGCGGUUACAGGAACGACUUCAAGGAUUCAGAAAUGAAGAAGAUGCUUAUAUCCUUGAACAAUGUGAUAUUAUUGGAAUAACAACUACUGGUGCUGCAAAGUAUAAAAACAUUAUUAAAAAACUUAAACCUCAAAUAGUUAUUUUUGAAGAAGCAGCUGAAGUUCUUGAAGCCCAUAUCGUAACUUCGCUAACAGAACACACAAAGCAUGUCAUACUGAUCGGAGAUCAUCAGCAAUUAAGACCCAAUCCUACUGUUUAUGAACUGGCAAAAAAGUUUAACUUUGAUGUAUCUUUGUUUGAAAGGAUGGUAAAAAAUGGUCUUGAAUGUCAUAAACUUACUUUUCAGCAUAGGAUGAGACCAUCAAUAGCAAGUUUACUUGUACCACAUAUUUAUCCUGAUUUAAAAAAUCAUCAGUCUGUGUUUUCUUACCCCAAUAUAAAAGGAAUGGAUAAAAAUAUGUUUUUCAUAAAUCAUAAUGUUUAUGAGACAGAAAAUACUGAAAUGAAGUCUCAUGCAAAUAAACACGAAGCUAAAUUUAUUUUAGCAUUAGCUACAUAUUUAAUAAAGCAAGGUUAUCAAUCUACACAAAUCACAAUUCUAACAACCUAUUCUGGACAGCUCUUUUUGUUAAAGGAGUUGAGGAAAGAUAAAUUGCUGACAGAUGUUCGAAUAACCAUAGUAGAUAAUUAUCAGGGAGAAGAAAACGACAUCAUUCUUAUUUCUUUUGUUCGUAGCAAUAUCCAUGGUGGAGUUGGUUUUUUGAAAAUAUCAAACAGAGUAUGUGUGGCUUUGUCUCGUGCCAAACAAGGAUUAUAUUGCAUUGGUAAUUUUGAACUAUUGGGGAAUAGUUGUAACUUAUGGAAAGAAAUUCAAGCAAAACUUGUAGUUGGCGAGAAUAUUGGGAAUGCUUUAAAAUUGAACUGUCAACUCCACCCUGAAACAUCUGUGAAAGUAUCAACUGCAGAGGAUUUUAAAAAUGUUCCUGAUGGUGGUUGUUUAAGGCUCUGUGGCAGGAAACUUUUAUGUGGGCAUGUUUGUGCUAAAAAGUGCCACCCCACAGAUUUAGAUCACAUGGAGUACCAAUCUGCAAAGAAAAGUGCUUCAAAGAUCUAUUUUGUGGCCAUAAAUGCUUAUCUACUUGUGGACAAUGUCGAAGUAACCUUUCUUGCAUGGACUGUCAAGCAAAAAUUACUACAAAUGCUACCUGUGGGCAUAAUGUAA